GUAAACCGGUAAAAACCAACAACGAUACUAACUAAAUAAAAAUACUGGUUAAUAAUCCGGUCUAUAAACCGGUAUAAACACAGUAACAAAUCGAACCGGGACUCCAUUAUCAAAGUAUUGCUUAAGGUCUCUCUUCUCUAUCGUUCUUUUCCCCAGAACCCUAAUCUCCCCCAAAUCCUGAUUCAAUCGUACUCAAAACUCACAAAGGAACCACCUUUACCCAAAUAAAUCAAUGGAUCAUCAAAAUUAUCAAUACCAAAAUCCUUUCGAGAGACGACCCAUCCUUAAAUCCAAAGCUCCUGCUGUGAAGUGGAUCAAAGAAUGGGUACCACAAGAUAUUGUUGCUACAGGUGGAAAGUGUCAUCUACACAAAUGGGUCACAGGUGAAAUUGUGAUGUUUUAAUCUAAUUUUCAUGUUUGUGAAUGUUAAAUUGUAUCAUUGUGUUGUUGUUAUUACCAGAGGAUACUUUUAGCAGACUUAAAGAAAAAGAGAAAGAGCCUGAUGUUCCUGAGCCUGAACCUGAACCAACUACAGAGAUUUUGUUUCUCUGUAGUUAUGAUGGUUGCGGGAAGACUUUCUUUGAUGUUAGUGCAUUGAGGAAACAUUCUCAUAUCCAUGGAGAAAGACAAUAUGUUUGUGAUCAGGAAGGAUGUGGAAAGAAAUUUCUGGAUAGUUCAAAGUUGAAGAGACAUUAUCUUAUUCAUACUGGAGAGAGAAAUUAUAUAUGUACUUAUGAAGGAUGUGGAAAGGCAUUCUCGUUGGAUUUUAACCUUAGGUCUCACAUGAAGACUCAUUCACAAGAGAAUUAUCAUAUAUGUCCUUACAGUGGGUGUGUGAAGAGAUAUGCUCAUGAAUACAAGCUAAAGAACCACGUUGCUGCCUACCAUGAAAAGAAUGGUGGUGGAGAGACUCCCAAAUAUACACCACCAGCAGAGAAAGUAUUAAGGACUGUCAAAACACCUGCAACAGUUUGUGGCCCGUCUUCGGAUCGGCCAUACGCAUGCCCUUACGAAGGGUGUGAGAAAGCUUACAUACAUGAGUACAAGCUUAAGCUCCACUUGAAGAGAGAACAUCCAGGGCAUUUACAAGAAGAGAACGCGGAUACCCCCACACUGAACAAGCACAAUGGCAAUGACAGGAAUGAGAUAGAUGACGGGAGUGACCAAGAUGUUUACAGGAAACACGCUAGUAAUGGGAAAGGCCAGACACAUAAACAACAGAGCAGAGCUAAGCCAAACAUGAGGACACCACCAGCCAAAGUUGGAAAGAAAGGUUCUACCUCUUCGCCUGCCAAAGCAAGGAUUGCAAAAAAACCAUGGCAAGCAAAAGAAACUUUUGAAGAAGUAGAAAGAGAAGAAGAAGAAGAUAGCGAGGAGACAGAGGAAGAUAGAGAUAAUGUGGAGGAUGGCUGGAGGUUUGGCGAAAACAACGAGGAUGAUGACGACGAUGAAGAGACCGAGUAUGAAGAUUAGUUUGAGCUUCGUCUAAGCCAUAGGAGACCUUUUUGGUUACGUCCCUUCUCUUUAUGCGAAGGUGGCUUUUUAGUAGCUUUGUUUCUUGACUCUUCUUCUUUUCGUUUGCCUUGACACUCUUCUUCAUUUAAAGCUUUGUACAGUAUUCCGUUAACAUUUUUGAAAACCUUUUCUUUUAGUUUUGGUCAACUUUUUGAAAGAUUUUUUUUUAAUAAAUUUCAACAUUGAAUCCCAACAUAACUUCAAUGUCGUUUUCAU